AUGAGUCGAUCUUUGUUUCUUCGAAUGGUUGAAGGUGUUACAACUACAGAUCCAUACUUUCAACAACGACCAAAUGCGCUUGGGGAACUAGGCGCGUCUCCUAUACAAAAAUAUACUGUCGCAUUGAGGAUGCUUGCAUAUGAAACAUGUGCUGAUGUAGUUGAUGUGUACAUAAAGAUUUGGGAAAGCACUGCAAGAAGUUGUCUUCUCCAUUUUGUCCAAGCAAUUAGACAAGCCUACACAGAAGUAUACUUGAGAAGGCAAAAUAUCACUGAUUUGCAACGACUACUUCAUGAUGGUCACGGUAGGGGAUUUCCAGACAUGUUAGGCAGUAUAGAUUGCAUGCACUGGGAAUGGAAGAAUUGCCCAAAAGGAUGGAAAGGGUUGUAUCAAGGAAGAAAUAAGCAUGUAUCAAUCAUUUUAGAAGCUGUGGCCUCUGAUGACUUGUGGAUUUGGCAUACUUUUUUUGGAACGCCUGGGACUUGCAAUGACAUAAUUGUCUUGAGAAAGUCUCUUGUUUUUGAUGAUAUUUAUCAAGGUAGAGCUCAUGAGGAUGCGUUGUUUACAAGACGUCAAGAGUUAGCAUGGAAAGAUGUUGAACGUGCAUUUGCAGUUUUACAAGCACGAUUUGCAAUCAUACAAAGAGCAUCUCUUAUUUGGGAUCAGGAUUUAAUAUGGGAAAUAAUGUUGGCAUGUAUCAUUCUUCACAAUAUGAUUGUUGAAGAUGAACGUCAUACAUACAGAAAUUAUAAGGACACAAUUGAAUUCGAACAAGAUAAUAUUCAAUAUGUUGCUGAACCAUCUUCCCAACCACGCAAUACAACUUACCAAGUUCGAGCAGGCAAAUAUAAUAAUUUGACGUUGGAGCAAUAUAUGCAUAGAAGAGAACAAGUUCGGGAUAGACAAGUUCAUAAUGCAUUGCAAAGAGACCUGGUAGAGCAUAUAUAG